AUGGGCUGCGCUCAAUCCACCACUGCUAAGGACCCGGCUGAGACCACGCCUGCCGAGGCCACACCGGAGGUCGCUGCUACGGAGACCAAGGCGGAAGAGACGACCGCUACCGAGGAGUCCAAGGAGGACAAGCCUGCCACCGAAGAAGAGAAGCCUGCUGAGGCUGAGGCGGCUAAGGAGGAAGAGAAGGCUGCUGAGACUGAGGUGGCUAAGGAUGAAGAAAAGCCUGCCGAAGCUGCUGUUGAAGAGGUCGAGGAGCCUAAGGUCGAGACGGAGGCCGCUAAGGACGUACCCAAGGUCGAAGAGGCUGCUAAAGAAGAGGCUAAGGUUGAAGAGGUUGCAAAGGAAGAGCCCAAGAUUGAGGAGGCUGCUAAGGAAGAGCCUAAGGUUGAGGAAGCUACGGUUGAAGAGCCCAAGGCCGAGGAAGCUCCGAAGGAAGAGCCCAAGGUUGAGGAGGUUGCUAAGGAAGAGCCCAAG